AAGAACACUUCAAAAAUUAUUUACAUAAUAUAAUUUAAUAUUUUUAAAAGUUUAACUUCGACGUCCUUAAUUUUAAAUGCAUUAUCUUUUUAAGUUCUGAAAAUUUCUUGGAUGACCUUCUAAAAAUAUUGGUAAGAAUCCAACAAGUAUUACGAAUCCAAUGACGUUUUAUCUAGUCAAACACAAAAAAUCAAAAAAUUCAACGACCUCCACCCAUUACAAAAAUAUUCAACAAAACCUUCACUAAAUAUUUCAUUCCAUGGAAAACAAUCCAAUCAACUAUUAUUAUUAAAAUUAGAAUUCAAACUCCAUCUAGAAUCUUGUCGCAGAACUGAAUCUAUUUUGGUUUUUCCAACACAAAUCCUCUCUUUCUAACCGAAAUUUUCUAAUAAUAACUUCCCGGUUCAGUUCUCGAACGAUGGACGUGGCAGAAAGCGCAGACGUUCAAACGAAUAACGAAAAAUCUAAUGAAAAUGAACACAAAUUAACCGAUCUUGAAGCUUUGGUGACACCCGAACAAGUUCUUAGUGCUUCGGUUGCUAGACGACGCAGAAAUCUUACUAGAAGGAGAUCGAGUAGCACCAGAAGAGAUCAAACGCCGGUGCGACAUGAGGAAGAAGAAGAACAACAAAAAAAAGAAAAAGCUUUGGAGAGGCCGAAAACUCCAGAAAGGCGGAGGAAAAAAGUCGUGAGUAAAAAUGGAGAUGCUGAAGAAAAAAAUUCUAGUUCUGAUAACAAAGAGGAUUUUAAAGAAGCUUUAGAUGAUGUUACAAUCAAUGAAAACGAUGAAAACAAAGAAGUUAAAAUUAAUGAAGAAACACCAGAAAAUAUUAAUAAAAAUUCUAAUCGACAAAUAAAAACGAAAGAUAAAAAAGAAAAAAUUGAAUCAAUAAUAAGCGUGAGUCAAACCGAAUUGGUAGCAAUGUUUGACAAAGCAAAGCAAAAAAUUAAAUCUGGUAGAGAUAAAUACCGCAAAAAAGAAGUUUUAAAACGGAGUCAAUCAGCGCCGAGAAACUUUUCUAACGAAGAAUUAAUGGAAAGCUUCCGAAGAGCACAAAUGGCUUCCGCUGAACGAGAAAUAGAAAGAAAACGAUCAUCCUCUGUAAGAAAAUAUUCCACCGACAGUUCGUCGUCUGAAAUGAUUCCAAAAUCAACGCCAAAACCGAUACCAAGAAUUCCCAAAUCAAUGAAACCCCAAAAAGUUCCCAAACAACAACCCCCACAGAUGCAUCUCACCAAAAGAAAAUUCGAACAAAGACCCGUUUGUAACAAAAUCGUCGAAAUUCUCGACCCAAAAACUUCUAGGGUUAUUAAAACCAAACAAAUCAUGUACGUUAAAUUUAAUUUCAUACAAUUUUUAAAAAUGCUUAAAAUCUUUACGAUUAAAGAUAUUAUUUUUGAAUAUAAACGAUUUAAAAAUGAUAUGAAACACGAACACGAGAAAAUUUUAAAUUUAAGGAGAAAAUGCAUAAACGAAUUAAUUCUUAUGGGAGUUUUAUGUGGUUUGGGUGGUGUGCUUUUUAAAUUUAUAGAGGGAGCGUUUGAAAACUUUUAUAAAUGCGGCGUUAAAAGGAUUAAAAGGGAUUUUAUCGACCAGCUUUGGAUGAAAAGUCAUAAUUUACGGGAAGAGGAUUGGAAAUCUUUAGCUAGGAAUAAAUUAAAACACUUUGAAGAGGAGUUACACGUCGCUCACGAAGCCGGAAUUCGAUCUUACACGGGGAAAACUUCUUGGAGUUUUUUAAAUGGAAUUAUUUAUAGCUUAACUUUAGUUACAACUAUUGGAUAUGGUCAUAUGUUUCCUACAACAAUAACAGGGAAAGGACUCACGAUUCUUUACGCUUUAAUUGGAAUACCUUUGUUUCUUAUAAUAUUAACGGAUUUUGGUAAAUUAUUCACGAGAUGUAUCAAAUAUGUUUGGGCUUUUGUUAGACGGCUUUAUUAUACUGGGAGAUGUCGAAAAGUUAGAAAAACAGCUCAUGUUGAGGAUAUCUUUAAAGGAGCUCAAAUGGUUUAUGAAGCAGCAACAUUAAGAAGACCAUCAAAAACUCCCGAUCCCAAUAUUCAAAUGGAAGAAGGAACUGAUGAUGGUGGAACAUCCCCAGCAACUCCAGCACCAUCAAAUUACGAAAUAGACGACGAAUUUAAUCUUCCAAUAACCUUAGCUCUCUCAAUUUUAGUCUUAUAUAUAUUUUUGGGUGCAGUUGGUUUUCAAGUUUUAGAAAAUUGGGAUUUCUUUUCUUCGUUUUAUUUCGUUUUUAUCUCUUUGUCAACUAUAGGAUUAGGAGAUUUCGUUCCCAGCAAUAAUUUGUUUAUGAUUUUUUCGAUAGUUUAUUUGGUUUUUGGUCUUGCUUUAAUGUCGAUGUGUAUUAACGUUGUACAGGAUAAAAUCAGUGAUACGUUUAAAAGGGCCUCGGCGAAAAUCGGUGCUACCAUUGGGUUAACGGUGAACGAAGAAGAUGGAAGUAUCAUUACGGUUCCUCCGGAUCAAGUUGAAAUGCCCGAAGUGCAUAAUGCGGAAAAUAUACAAAAAGAUAUUAAUAAGAAUAAUGAAAGCAAAGAUGAUGAGAUUAUAAUGACCAAAAUAAAAUAGGGUUUUAAAAUUAUAAAUAGUGUCUUGACAGCUAUAAGAAGAAGCCUUUAAAAUUUCAAUAAAUCAUGUCUUACAUAGAUGUCAAGAUACUAUCUGCUUUAAAUUUAAAUCUACAUAAAACGAAAACUAUGGCUGUCAAAAGAUAAUGUAAUAUAUUUAAGAAAUAUUCUUACACCUUUUUAUUUUGCUGUUGUUUUUGAACUCCUGAACAUUUGAGUUGGGGAUAGUUUUUUGCACCUAACUUUUUUUUUAAUACUUAAUGCAAUUUAGGACAGUGCGGGAAAUGCUGAUGUAUAUUUCUUAUUUUAUUCCAAUAAAACUUAAUUAUUUAAAAAUCGAA